AUGUCUUCCGGAGAGAGCAAGCUACGACCCUGCACAACUGCAGGCGGUCAUGUCGAGGAUCGCGGGCAGCCGGCUCUCCCCGUCGUCCAUAGGCGCUUUGCAAACCCAUCCCCACUGGGUCUGCUCUCUUUCGCCACAGGUAUCUUCCUCAUUUCCAGUUUCGGUGUCCACGCUCGCGGAAUCCAGACCCCGAAUGUCAUGAUUGCCGUGCUCAUCUUCUUCGGCGGCAUUUGCCAGUACAUUGUCGGGAUUAUGGAAUUUAUCACUGGAAAUACCUUUGGCACAGCUGUCUUCAUGUCCUACGGCGCCUUCAACAUCUCGUACAGCAUGAUCUACCUUCCUGGCUCGGGUAUCAUUGCUGCAUAUACUGAUGAGUCGGGCGCUUUGAGUCCAGACUUCCAGCAGGCGAUCGCUAUGUAUUUAUGGGCAUGGUUCAUCCUGACAGUCAUCUAUACCGUAGCUGCAGUCCGAAGCUCCUGGGUGCUCUUCCUUGACCUUCUGGCACUGGAUAUCUGCCUCAUCUUACUUGCUGCUGGCAAUAUGGUAAACAGCACCUCCGUCCUCAAUACAGGCUACGCCUUUGGAUACUUGGUUGCUGUUAUGAGUUGUAAGUUGUUUCGGUUCCAGAGCCAUGCCCUUACUAAUCAUCUUCCCAAGACUGGGCUGGCUGUGCAGGUCUUUUUGCUGGAGGUGUUACUCCAUUCGAAGUCCCCACCUUCCCGAUGUACAAAGAGGCAUGAUGCAGGAUCCGUCAGAACUGUUGCUAGACUGUCAUCAACAUACUCUAUGAUUGAUAAUGGCUUUUGGUUAACCUAA